CCGAACGAAACAACAAAACGUCAAAUCCUUUAUCAAAAUUUUCAGUGUUGCGAAAAGGUUUUAACAAAGUUAUCUAUUUGUUUGUGUAAAGAACAUAAUAAAAAUGGCUUUAAUACGAUCCGCUAGCUUUAAUUUAUUUAUUGAGAUUGUAGUGCGUAUAAUGCUAUUCACCACUUUCUGUUAUAUGGAAACAAUGAUACCAUUUGUCCGCGUCGUUCAAAAAGCUGAACUGGAAACAUACUACAUGUACCCUAGAGUGGACUCCUACGUGCCAGGCAGCGUACUGUGGACCAUCGUUCUCGCUGUACCCUGCCUCAUAUCUCUAAUGGCGUGGGCCUGGUAUAACGACUGCAAUGACGCCUUCGAGAUUCUCCUAUCAUGGUCCUUGGCUCUCGGUAUCAAUGGAGUUCUAACUGACAUGGUCAAACUCAUUGUUGGACGACCGCGUCCCGAUUUCUACUACCGUUGCUUCCCUGAUGGCGUGGAGCCGAAGGUCCUCGGAUGUACCGGAGACCUGGCGGAUAUCCUCGAAGGUCGCAAGUCAUUCCCCAGUGGACAUAGCAGCCUCUCCUUCUGUUCCCUGGGCACAGCAUCGCUCUGGAUUUGCGGCCGGCUUGGAGUCCUCUCAAGGCGCCGUGGCAGUGCAGUACGAGUGAUAUCCUGUCUUCUACCCCUGAUGGUAGCCACCUGCAUUGCACUGUCCAGGAGUUGCGAUUACCAUCAUCAUUGGGAAGAUAUCCUAGUGGGUUCAGUUUUAGGGUUCACCGUGGCAAUAUUUUGCUACCGCCAAUACUACAAUCCGCUAUCAUCCGACCUAGCCGGGGUUCCAUACAUUGUGUCAUGCGUGAAUUCCGCAAAAUAUUUCAACGGGAAACCAGAUAGUCCUGUCAAGGAGAUCAAAGAAGAGGCCACGCCCCUUUUGGGAGCGAAAAAGGAUGACAAGUGGAUCUAGAAAGUGGUGAGUCGGGUUUUUUAGUAUAGUCAGUUUUGAAAUGGAAAGAGAGAGGGAUAUUGAGUAUGGUUUUGUCUCUGUUGUUUUCUUCAGUAUUUUUUUUAUGUGUGGUUUAUUUAU